AUGAACUCUUCGGGGGUUCCGAACAUACUGAGGCCAGGAGGCUCUCAGCGUACCGUGUCGAACACACCACUAGGCUUGGCAGACAUUCGCCCGCGCGCCGAUUCUAGCCUUUCUGAUGGAAUCCCGGGCAGCGCCGGGUACGAUGUCGCAAACACCCAAUCAGGUACAAGCAACUAUAUGGCGCCAUGGGCUUUAUAUGCAUUUGACUGGUGCAAGUACCCUCCUCAGGGCAAUGGUGCUGGCAAACUGGCCAUCGGCAGCUACCUGGAGGACGGGCACAACUUUAUACAAAUUUUAGACACUCAGGUGGUGCCUACACCUCCCGAAGCGUACUCCCAGGGUGGAUCAAGGACGUGUCUUGAAUUCACCAAGGUGGCAGAGGCUACUCAUUCAUAUCCAGUAACGCGUUUGCUGUGGGAGCCUCAUUCGCCCAACUCCCAAAAGCAGUCCACGGAUCUACUAGCCACCUCGGGUGACCACCUCAGGUUAUGGUCGCUCCCUUCAGAUGCGUCAUCCUCCAUGAGCAACAACAUAAACAGGAGUAGUAGGGAUCCAGCCCCGCCCACGAAGCUCACGCCAUUGGCGUUACUUUCAAACUCAAAGACGCCUGACCAUACCGCCCCUCUCACCUCACUCGACUGGAAUCAGGUGUCCCAGAACCUCAUUAUCACAUCCAGCAUUGACACAACUUGCACAAUUUGGGAUAUCCCAUCCUUGACCGCUAAGACGCAACUGAUUGCACACGACAAGGAGGUGUAUGAUGUCAGAUUUUGCGCCAACAGUGUUGACGUCUUUGUCAGUUGUGGACAGGAUGGCAGUGUGCGCAUGUUUGAUCUGCGGAGCUUGGAGCACAGCACCAUCAUUUAUGAGCCGACGGGCAAGGACGAAAAGGACCCAUCAGGUGGCAGGAUAAGCCCGACACUCGCACAACAGACCAUGUCCAACCCGCCCCCUCUCCUGAGGCUGGCCACCUCACCUCAUGAUACCCACCUGCUGGCAACUUUUGCUCAAGAUUCCAAUGUAAUCCGCAUCCUCGAUGUCAGACAACCUGGACAGGCUCUCUUGGAGCUGCGGGGCCAUGGCGGCUCGCUCAACUGCAUUGAAUGGUCUCCCUUGAGGAGAGGAACGCUGGCUUCAGGAGCAGACGAUUGCCAAGUCCUUAUCUGGGAUCUAUUGCAAAACCAGUCUGCUGCUCCGCCGCUCAACGGCGCUCCCCAGCCGGACAACGUGAGGAGCCCUGUGGCCAGUUGGCAAUGUGACUACGAGAUUGGUAACCUGGGAUGGACACCACAGCUAGCCAACAGUGAAAAUGGGGAGUGGCUUGGUGUUAGCGCUGGGCGUGGGAUCUGGGGUGUGAAGGAGACAGAUGUCGUGUCCUCGAUUCGGUGCGAGCUAGCUGCCUACCAAGGUAUCAAGACGAUCGGUCUUUUGGGGGCUCUGAACCGUCAAGCCUAUAUCGGAUAUUGGGUGAUUGUAUGGCUGAUAUGGAGCAGGCCAAUCAGGUAUAGAUGCUUAGUAUAA